AUGUCUUCGGGAGAUAUUCCUACCGCAGAAACUCAGAUCGUCGGGCAAGAACAGGAGCCAGUAGAUGUUGUCUCAGAAGAGCUAAGCCCAGGCCUUGUCUUUAUCCUUGGUCCUCCUGGAGCGGGAAAAGAAACCCUGUCCAAGCACCUCGUCAGCGAAUACAAUUUCAAGCAUAUUUCCUAUGGUGACGUCCUUCGUAAGGUCAAGGAAAUGACAUCCGAUCAAGCUACUCAAGCAUAUAAAAUCACAGCAUUGGAAUUCAAGCAGGUUGCCGAGUACAAAUCCGGAAACGAAUCGCUUCCCGGAGAACUGGCCGCUAAGCUUCUUCGACAAGAGAUCUUCGCGCAAGGUGUUUCGACGAAAUGCUGGAUUAUCGAUGGAUUCCCCCGGAGUGAUGAUCACUGGAAAGAAUUCAGGAAAUUGUAUCACAUUACGCAGGAGCGUAGAGAGAGAAUAUUGGUUUUGGUGAUGAAUUGUGCGGAGGAGAUAGCAAAGAAGCGUUGCUUGAAACGUGACAGGAAAGGCGACAAGGAGAACUUUGGAAUAAGGUAUCUCAAAUAUUACGACAACAUCAACAAGAUACUGCCAAUUAUGGGGAAGGAAGAAGGCGACCACCUUAUGGUUGUUGAGAUCAAGGACGAAGAGAAUCUGGACCAUGCUAGCGAAGUGAGAGAAACAGCCUUGAAUAGGCCGAAGGGCACGCGGGAAUGGGAGACGAUACUGAAGAUAGUUGGUGGCAACACCUCGUAG